UCGAACCGGCAACCUUCCGAUUGCAGGACAAACUGCCAACUCUUGAGCCACGCUCGCCCUUAGCGCCCUUAGGAUUAGCAUGUAGACGCUGCAAAACUAUGAAAAACUGAGUGAAAAUCUCAUAUCUUCCACCUGCACGACAAACUCUUUUAAAUUUAUUACACUUUGAUCCCAACUGUUAAACAAAAACAGUAAAGAAAAUCAUUUUUUAAUCAAUUUUUACUGCAAGGCUGUUGUAUUUCCAGUGAUUAUUUUCUUUCAAUCAGAUCUCCCAGUGUAGUGCGUCUGGCUAACAGAAAAGAAGACACGGCUUAGUUUCUGAGUCUUAUGCAUUGUUUUUCUUUGACAAGUAUCUGCUAACACGAUACUGUCAUAAUAAGUUUGAUAUAGUUUUCUUUCUUUUGCAGUUCAUUGCUAAUUAUGAGGUUUCGAGCUACUCUGAUGUUCAGCAUCUUUUCCAUAAAAGUUGCUCUGUUUGGUGCUUUGUGGUUAAUGUUCACAUCUGCAAACCAUGAGGUGCUUUGCGUUGAGAAAUAUAUUUAUUAUUCCAGUGGCGGUCCCCACCAUUUCCAAGUAUUUUCUCCACACCUGUUUUGAUGAAGGGCCAUUAAUCACCUUCACUCACCAACACCUGUGACACUCUGCUGCGCUGACCAGCUUGAUCAAUCAGUACUCGGCCUCUAAUGAACAACUGGCCAAUAAAAUGACGCUUUUAUAUGUUGAUUUAUGAGACUCGUUCUGGCUGGUGGCAUGUCACACACAUUUAACUGUACCAAUCUAAUACAGAAUAUUAAAUUUAAAAAAAUUAUAUCCAUUGUUCCAUCAGAACGGUAUUGACUUUUUCUAUAUCAGAUAAUAGCCUCUGCAGGUCAUCAUUCAUACUUAAGAGUGUGUGACUGAUCCAGUGCAAAAGGUGAUUAUGAAACAUUUCUUGGCCUCUUCUAUUUUCUGUAGUUUCUUUUUCUUUACUUUCCAGUGUCCAGAAACAAACUUUUAUUUCCUGAUUCACUCAGGAAUCAGUUAAACCUCCAACUUGGUUGCCUAACUGUCUCUGACGUGACUUGUAUGAUAAGGACUUGGGACAAGUGCCUUUCCUCAGUGUUUGUCUUCUGCUCCCAGAGUUGACCAACACUGUGUAAUAUUAGCUUAAAAACUGAGUGCACUAAUCAUUAUUGUCAACAAAUGACUGGUUCAGAACACACAGGCUGCACAUAAGGACAAUAAACAAUGAAAUGUUGUGACUUUAGGUAUAUCUUUUUCAGGGACAACUGCAGCAAGAACAUAAACUAAGGUUAGCCAGCUUGCUGCUAAGCUAGGUAUCAAGCAUCUUAUCUAGCAAUUUUCAUUACUAGCAAAGUCAGUUUUAUUAAAGGCCCCAGUCUCACAGGCCUAGAGACUGGUUAGUGAUCAUCCGUAAAAGUGUUUAUUCCAGGACUGGCCUGCAAAUCAUUUUUGGAAGUUGCUGGGUGAUAUUGGUCACAAAAAGGUGCUAAGCUAAAAACCUUGCAGUUGUUUGCUAUGUUUUCUGAUGGAAAAAACACUUGCAAACAACUCACAAGGUGGCAGUGAAAGUGUGAAGAGUACGAUGCAAACCAGCAACAGAGACUGCCAACUUUCAAAGUAAAAGUUGCAACUUUGAAAAAGUUGGGCAUGUUGGUUACAAUGGGAAGGCACAACUUUUACUGUGAAGACAAAUAUUUCCCAUUUCCAGUUUAUGUGACACUUUUUCCAGACAACCAGAGGUUGCCAGGAUAUCGCCAGUCAUAGUAUGCAUUUGUGACCGAGGCCUAAAAAAGCCCAACUGGCCAAGCAGCUAUCAGGGGGAAAUGGACUUAAUGUCAGCAGGGCGUUCAGUUCAUUAAAUUAUCGUUGUCUUUUUUUUUUUGGAUUCAGAUCUGAUUCUGAGCUCUCUUUCUUCUGACUAAUGUUGCCUAAUGUUCACCCUCCUGCUAACACUGAAGAACUGCAACUCAAUUCAUUCAUUCAACAUCAUCUUACUUGCUACGGUUUAACUACACAACGUGUAUCUGGUGAAGUGGUUGCUUUGUUGGAUUAUCAAACAGGGAUGUCUGUCUGGCCAAAACUUAUGAAGGAUUCAAAUUUGGCCCAGUGGAUAGUUUUGCACAGUGUAGAAUUUUUGGGAUUUGCAGAUUAAAGAUACAUUUAACUUUGAUAUUGUUUACUAUGACAGAUGAUGAAUGCUGAGUCAUUAUUGGUAAAUGUUUUGUGCUUUUCCUGUAAAGAUAAAUAAACUAUUUUAAAACGAGAACAAGAGGCUUGUUUGCAGUGCACUAUUAGAUGUGGUUUGUCGUUUUGUCACAACCAUCUCAUCCACUAAUUGAUGGAUAAGAUGAGAGUCACUCAUCAGUCCCUCCGGGUAGAGGCCCUCUCGAUUUUUCACAAGGGGCACAGGCUGAUUUCACACCUGCCAUGUUUGAACGACUUAAAUGAACCCCACAGCAUCUGACCUCAUUUUGUUUGAGCUGUUGUGAAUUGAGCAGUAAACAGCAAACAGUUUCUCAACCUAAAAUUAUUUAUGAAACUGUUUAUUUAGGACAAAUCUGCAGGAUCUUUUAAUGUUUUAAGUUGAACUUAAACCAUUAAAAGAUCCUGCAGAUUAAAAUAUAUAGCAAUUAAUGUCUUCCAUUGCCAAUUUUCCCUCAGAUAAUUGAUAUUGUAUGGUCAAUAAAAUGUCUGAAAACAAUUAAAAAAUGCAAUCUGUAUUCAAAAGGCAACGUCUCUAACUGCUUUGCAAUGUCCAGUGAACCAAGUUAUAUUUAAUGUAUCCUCAGAAGACAAGGAAAAGCAAAAAUGUUUGUAUUUAAAAUGCUACAAGCAAAAUAUAUGAACAAUAACGAACACAAAAAUCCAUCAUAAGAAUAGUUGAUAUUCUGUGGAUGAAACAACUGAUCAUUGGAGUUUUACUACAAAAUAAAUGUGGCACAUGCACAUACCUUAAAAAUAAUAGCAAAAAAGAAUAGUGAAAAAUUAGUGAACCAAUAAAAAUUCAACCCCAUAAAGGGAUUUGUAUGAUCUCUCUCACACACCUGUGUCAGGAAGCCAUUCUCUCUGUUGCCUUUCCUGCAGAAAAGAGGAGAAAAAGAGGACGGUCUGAGUCAAUUAAGGUGACUGUUGCUAUAAUUCGGUCUGCACUGCAAUGAAACCAACCUAAUAAUACCCGUUCCCUUCCCGCAGCUGAACUGUCUUUGCCUUUAUUUAGCUUCAUGAAGCGAUUUGCUCAAAUGAAAAGAGAUUUUAAUCGGGUGUUUCUCACUGGGGGCCGUUUGAAAAGGGAACAGAGCAAAGCACUUUCCACUUGCUACACUGAACUACAGGACAACAGUGGACUCGUUUCAAUUCAAGGUUAUCGUUUUAGGAUUUCCGAUAUAACGUGUGUGCUGGUGAGAUAUAAGUCCCUUCAGACAAGCUCAUUAUGUUAAUCUGACAGCAAUUUACAUGUCGGCCUCAAGCAAAAAUAUGCACAAUGGUCAGUUCGAGGCGUUGUGACAGUCUUACCAGGUCAGGUUAAAUGUGAAGGAAGAGAAAACUGUGGGCAUCUUGUGCUAUUAGUUAUUACUUCUUAUGCAUCAUAUCUGUUAAAUACGCCAACAAAACUGAGGAAAGGCGCUGCAGAGCAUUGAUCUUGUUAUAUCAGAUCUGUCUGUCCCCCCACCACGAUGUUGCCAUAAAGGACCAAGGACGUUCGGUUUCUGUUUGCAUAUUUUCAAGCCAGCUGUGGGGAGCAAUGGUUCCCCAAAACACUUUAAAUGCAGCAUGUGAAUCCUGACUUUACAGGGAUUGUGCACUGUUGGAUAUUUAAAGAAAAAAAACCAUGCAGCAUAGACAGAACAUCCUGAAAUUGAAUAGAAAAUUGAUUUGUACAUUUAAGAUGUGGAAGGAAGCAUUUCUGCUACAAAGGUUUGUCUGUGUUUAGAGGUAAAUGGUACAAAACAGCGUUUAUACUGCUCUUUAAAAUUUCGACAUGAAUUAUUCUGCUUUAUUGCUUUCACACACAGCUCACAGAGUUUGGUGCUUGAUCACUUUGGUUGUUCAAAAAGUUUCUCUCAUUUUCUCCCCACUGUCAUUUUUUGUCAUUUUAUCUUUGUUGAGAAAAACAUGAAUAAAAGAAUUCAAACUAUGUUCAGUUUAUCUGCCUCAUGUUUAAAGUUGCAGGUGGAGGCAGGAAUGGUCAGGUACAGACCAAAACAACCACACUGAGACCCUUUGACUUUGUUUGUGAUGACAACUUGAUUUAACCCUGAUCUGAAUCAACUAUGUGGUGUUUCUGGAAUAUUGUAGCGUACCAAACUAUAGCCACUAGCAGCUGUUAGGAGUAAACGCUCCAUCUUAUCCACUAGACUGGAGCACAGCACCUUCUUCUUGUAUUUACUUUUGUUGUCCCACCUCUGAGACAUGAUUUACAAUGAUGCAUUUUGGUUCUGCUGUUUGGAGUUUUCUCUGUUAAAAGAAACCAAACCACAGGAAGAAGCUACAAGUUUACAAUAUCAACAACUGAUUUGGGCUGGAUUAAAUGAACUCUAGUCCUGAAAACAAACCCAAAAGACAUCCUAAGUCAGAAAUCUAAAAGAAAAACACAUAAAAAAUGUAUGUGCACUGGCUCAUAUAUUACCUGUAUAUAAAUGUCACUUCUGUGUGUAAGCUAAAUUGCACCUUUUGCUAAAAAGUUACUGUUUCAAACUGUACAUGGAUUUCUAGUCUAAUUUAUUAAAAAUCUUUUCAAGUAUAUGUGUUUAAAGCAAAGACAAAUGAUUUUCAGAGUUUUUCAGAGACGUGACCUCCAACAUUUCCUGCACCGUUUAUAACAAUUUAGCCAGUGAAAGGAAAGAUGAAGCUUUUUGUCUUCCAUGAGCAAAAUUUCCCCUCACUAAUGGAAAAUCUCUAAUUUUCUCAGACGGGGCUCCACUGGGGAUUGACUUGGCUUAAUGCUCUUCUGAAGGUUGAAUUAUUCCUGUUAUUGUAUACCAACAUAUGUUAGAGACACCGUCACAAUAAAUACAGGGAGUAUCGUCUACAUUUACUACACACAGUCUGCUGAAACAAGCUUUAUCACCUGCAGUUUUUCACGGUUUGACCUCAUUUCUUACAAAAGAGGCUGCUGAGCAAAUGCAGCCAUUUUUUUCAGAUGUCACUUGAUCUGUCAUAAGCUACUAUUCGCCACGCCGUGAAAGCCUGGACAGGCAGCAGGGGAGGGGGGCAUUUUGGCUUGGUUUUUGACUCGGUGUCUGGCAGAUGAAGCAUCACAACCCUCAGGGACUGAUAGUGUUAGAGGAGACACCUGUUUUACAGUAUUCCCAAUAGCUUUGAGGUUCCAAACCCGAAUAAAACAAGUGAGUAGUUUCCUGUUUGAUAUUCUAGAUGGUAGUAGAUUGGUGUGUUUGCGAAUGCAUGAGUCAUUUUUCUGCAUGUGUUGAAUAGUCAGUGAAUAUAUCUGAAUAAAUGAAAUUCAAUAUAAGGCAUGCUGAAUUUGUGUUAUUUGAACAACUGUCACUAUUUCAGAUAGCUUGGAUUGAUAAAUAAAUAUAAGCUAGUAAUUAAAUGGUAUUAUAGAAAUUACAACCUGUGUAUGUGGUGAGCUUUGAUGUUUUGUAAACCUUUUGUUUCUCUCUCCUGCUUCCCCCCAAACCCUUUCCAAGUCUAUGAUUUCCAUAAGUAACAUGGCAUGUCAGUCACACACACUGAGACCAUAAAUAGAGGCAUGCACAGCCAAUGUUCAGUAGGUCCAUGGCGAGCUGAAAGCAUAAUGCGCGUAGCCGACAUACGAUCAUUGUGCUCGAGGCCCUCUCCCUGCACUUUCAUUUGAAUGCUGCAGCCUGAAAUCAAGUGUAAAACUGUCAGGAUUUGUCAGUGUUGUGCUUCCACGCCGCACUUAUUUGAGUGGACAAGGAGCCAGCAAGGAGCACACGGGGCAGACACAAGCUCUGUGUGUGUGGUUGUAAUACUCAUGUUGUGGGGACAUAGAUCUGUUCACACACUCACAUUGUGAUGACCCAGAGACAAAAAGCAGGACAUCGUAAUGUUUUCAUUAACCUGAAGACUGAAGAUUUGAUUCAAGGCAAGAUAUAGUUUUGGGUAGACAGGUAGUGGUUAUGGUCAGGUUUAGAGUAAGUCUAUAGGACAUGAAUGCAAGCCACUGAGGUGAUGGAAGUGUGUGUGUGUGUGUGUGUGUGUGUGUGUUAACACUUGUGUAACACUGGAGGCCACAGUUUCAGGCUAGAGACUGUGAGAAUAAUCGUGUUUAUCUGAAGUGAUUGUGGUGACUGCUGAAUGAAUAACAAUGCAGUGUGUACAAGCCAUUGUGUUGCUUCUGCAAACAUUCAGUGGAGUCAGAUUUUCACUGAAACGACGCCCCUCUGUCCAACUUAAAUCACUCAGUGGCCAAACUUAAGGCUAAUGCAUACUCUCUAAAGAGGGAUUAAUAUUUAAAAUCACAGUAAAACAUCCCAGCAACAUGGAUAGUUCUUACUGCCUAUUGAAAGCUGUUAUAGGUACCUAGAGUGGGAUGGAAUUUGCAGUGCCAUAUUCAAAGGUGCUGUUACAAGUAUUAUUUCAUUUAUUGCUGCAGAGGUACUAUAUAGGUUCGUGUAGUAAAAGUUGCAAUAUUAUUAAGAGAUGUAAUGAAAGAAAAGGUACUUGAGGACAAGUUCAAGUAGAGACAGGACGUAUUAUGCAGACAUAAACAGACUUUAGAAGUGUGAAAUAGAAUAGGAGAUAAAAAUAAGCUCAGCUAGACGAAAGGCAGAUUUAACCGAAGAACGAAAACUACUAUUCACCAGUGUCGACAGUGGUAACGCCAAGAUUGGGCUGUGGCUGAUACAGCGCAACUCAAAAGAACCAUUUGAGGUAAAUAUCGCAUAGAAAGCAUAUAAAGUGCUUCAUUCAAGCUAUAAGAAUCGCAGCGGAGCAUGACAGAGCAGCACUGGAUUCAGCUCUGCUCUACAGUGUGUCAAUAGAGUAAUCAUCAGAAGAUUAGGCAGGAAAAUUAGCCAGCUAUUCGUUGAGCAAUAAUCUAUCCCACCUGCUCAUUAAAAUAAACACUGAAUCUCAAAUAGUUUAAAUCAGCGCUGAGUGGGGAAAGAGCUGCACCAUCAAUAUGCUAAGUGAGCAUCUCGACUUCUCAAGCAGAGUUUUAAGUCGUUUUGGAAAACUGGGGUGUUUUUUGUAAUGGAUCAAAAUAUGCAAAUGAAUUAUACCUUUGCAUAAUUAUAUUGAAAUACAGUACAUUUGCAUGGCUACAAUUUAUUAUCCCUCAUAUCGUCAUUUACCCCGUCUCAAUUUUCUGAAGAAAUUUGCAUUAACUCAUGCUUAAUUUUUUUCUGUCUUUCAAAUUAAUAACUUUAUUUGUAAAGCAGUUAAACAUGGCUUUGCUCAGUUCGCCAGGGUGUUCGCUGCAAUAGUAUUUGUUAUGGUAAGUCAAACGAAGUAGCAUGUGGUGGCUAAUGUUAGCAAAUGUUGAUGUGUCGAUUUUAGAUGAGAUUCGAUUUUUAGAUUUGGCUGCGGAGCUGUUUGUGUAGUGUUGUGAAGCAGCGUCCUGUCACACACACAAGUGCAGGGAUGUCAACUCAUACAGCCUACCUUUAUCUUAAGUGUGACCAACCAAUAAAACUCCCCUUUCUGUCAGUGUAAAAAAAAUAACUUUACAUUUACUCCAUGAGAUAUUUUAAUGUAAGAAAAGAAGUGUCAUUUCAGCAGGACGUCACAGUUUUUGUACAUUAUAAAAACAAAAUGCUGUUGUAGUAAAUUAAAGAAACCCGUCAGCAUGACUCUUUGGGCUCAAGUUGUAAGAAAUAAAUGUGUAAAAUUACAGAAAAAGCUCUGGCUUGUGGUUAUUAUAAAACCGAACAUUUUUGUUAAUUCACAGAAACCUCCCUUUUUUCUUUUGCUCUGAAAUUAAUGUAAAAAUUUGUAAAUACUGUAAACUCUAAUAAAUUUCGAUCUAUUCAACAGUGAAAAUAAAACAACAGCAACUUUUCUGUCAUCACUUAAUUACAUUGGUUUAGUAUGAGUGGCUAUGGGGGAGGUCUGUAUCAUUAGGAAAAGCUGCAAACUUGUUCAAAUGCAGUUGAAAGUCCAAAGUAUAUGCUGUCCUUCAUAUUUUUCAAAGGAGUCCAACGGCCCAGAUUGGUGUUUUUGCUGGGUCAAUUUUGGUCCUCAGGCCUUAUGUUUGACAACCCUGCUCUAGCGCAACGUUAUAGUAUCAGAUGCAGUAGAUACAUGUGUAAAAGCUGAUUAAGAACACUUAAAAAAAAAAAAGUAGAAAAUUGUAACACAAGGUGGUUUGAAUGCUUCUGAAGCAUGUUUGAGCUGAGCUCGGCUGUUUAAUUAUGAUUGUGAUCAUAUCAGUCAUGCCUUAGUAGCGGUGAAAAAAUAAUGAGUUUGUGCUGCGUGAGUGACUCUGUGUUUAAUUGAAUCCUAUCCACGUACAACCUCUUGGAAAUGUAAAGCUAGAGUGAAGGACUAAUUUACUCUGAUAAACCGGACUGCACUCUGCACAUAAACACUGUAUCAUCUGGAUAUGGAUGCACAUUUUUAAAAUAUUUUACCCACAAUGGUAACUUACGAACAACAUAGCAGGGCUGCAUUUUAAGCAGACUGAAAAGGACCAAUGAUAAAUGACGCCUAUUGUUGUCAAGUAAUGCCAGGAAGGAAACUGCCUUUGAGUGCCCUUAAGGGAGCAUGCAGGUGUGAACCUUGAAUAGAAAACGCUGCUGAGAAGAAGAAGAAGAAGAAGCAAGGAAAGGGGGGAGAUGUGGGAAGUUCAUGUUGUUAACAGCCAGUCCUCUCCCAGCUCCCCCAUCUCUCUCUCUCUCCCCUCUUUCGCUCUCCCUUACAUACUCAUACUGGUAAAAGAAUACACACUUGCUCUUCAGACACUCUCAGCCUCCUUUCUUUCUCCUCCGCUCCUCAAUCUGCCUCGCUUCUGUCUCUCCUUUCGUCUCAUAAAGGGCAGCGCGAUCAGCAGAGCAUGACACUUUUAAUUGAAGCACACAUGUGCCGUGCUUUCGCUGCGGCACUUUGGAUCAUAGCCAAGACGUGUCACUGACUGCGAAAGGAUCGUCACAAUCAAAGUGGAGAGAAGAAAGAUACAGUAAAGAGACGGAGAAAAUUAUCUGCGACUUUGUUGGGGGUUUUUUUGGACAACUUCUGUGAUGGGAGAUCAGCCAGCAGGAGAAGCCUGAAUCAAGAGCAGAAGAAAGUGGCAAACAGAAGAAGCUUAAAACACGUGGAGAUGCUGUUAGGAGCACUAUCCCAGAACCAAGUCCACCCUCUCUUGGGCUCCCUGCCCAUGCCAGGUCGAUCCCUUCAGCAGCACACUCAUGCCCAGCUGGAGCACUUCUUGCCGCUCAGGGUCAACGGCUCCUCGCCGCUUAGCCUCUUCCCCAAUUUUAACACGAUGGACCCAGUGCAGAAGGCAGUGAUCAACCACACUUUUGGCAUGACUCCACCCAAGAAAAAACCCAUUAUCUCCUGUAACAUCUGCCACCUGCGCUUCAACUCUACUACCCAGGCAGAGGCCCACUACAAAGGUCACAAGCAUGCUCGCAAGCUAAAGGCCUUGGAGACCCAGAGGAAUCGGCAGAAGAACGGACAGAGUCAAUCAAUAUCAAGCAAAGACAGAGAUAGGGACAAGGGCGUGAUGGGAGGAGUAACUGGGCCAACAGACUCGCAAUCGAAAGACAAAACAGGCCCAGUCACGUCAUCCACUUCUGCACAGCAGCAAAUGGAAAUCAGCAAAGGGAGCUCGCUGGCUGCCACUCCUUCUUCACAAACUUCAUCCACGGACUGUUCGUUGCUAGCCUCUCCUCACCUAUCCCCCCAUGUUUCCCCGGGCUCUCAGUCUUCUGACCUUCCCUCAAACGUUCCACAUGUGGAAGGGUGCAGCUCGGCCACCAGUUCAGCACCACAGUCUGAGCCUCAGGGAAGCUCCACAGGAGGCGAGGAGGAAACAGUGAAGGUGGAAGAGGUUAAAGAGUCCAAGAGCAACAAAAAACAUCUCCACUGCCCUACAUGCAAAGUGACGGUCAAUUCUAGCUCCCAGCUGGAGGCUCAUUGUAGCGGCUCUAAGCACAAGCAGAUGCUGGACGGUCAGAAUACCAGCCAGCCACAACGUAGGGUCAAGAUGACAUCAUCAUCCAGACCAGCCUGUCGAAUUAAGCAGCGAAUGGGCAGCAAAGCCAGACCAGCAAGACCAGUUGGUGUAAACAAUCACACUUUUCACUGUGAACUGUGCCAAGUGUCUGUCAACUCAGAGUCACAGCUGAAACAGCACAUGAACAGCAGGAGACACAAAGAGCGUUUGGCUGGGAAGCCUGUCAAGGCGAAGUUCACCCCCUAUAAUAAACUACAGCCCAGUGCUGUCUUAGCGACUAAACUGGCCCUACAGAAGCAGCUAUCCAAGGCCCUGCCACCGGGCUUCCUGACCAGCCCCCUUAAUCCAGCUGCCCUGUGCACCAUGGCGUCUGGACCGUUGGCACUACGGCUGCCACCGGGCCCUACAGCCAUAAUCCAGGGUCCCCUGAUCAGCCCCACGCUCUUCAGGCCUGCCCCAGGACCGCUGAGGGCCACACAUGCUCCUAUUAUCUUCUCUCCUUACUAACAGGGAGCAUGAUGCUGAAGGACCAACAGCAGAGCUGACCUAACCUAGCCAAAACUGGGAGAAAAGAUUAAACUGGUCUUCUGAGGACAAAUCACAGCCCCCUCUGAGUGACAAGGACACUACACAGAGAGAGUGGGGACAACAUAUUAUGUCAAGUUUGCCAAGUCAUAAGAGCAAAAGGCACAAUCCCCUGGUGUGGAUUGAGAUUUUGGCGCUGACUGACCAGCGUCUCAUACUUAAAAAUGGAAGGACCAUUGCUCAGCUGUCUCCUGUCAGCAAACUGUUGAGUGCAUGUUCCCCGGGGUCUGGACCCCUCUGGAAGCCAUAAGAAUAAGCAUCCUCUAGUUUUAUUUAUAAAAUGAUAAGAAACUAAUACACUAGGGUGUUUAAGUGUUACACAGUGUUUGUUGCCAAAAAAAUUCUUUAAUUUUGGGAAGUUGUACUCUGGGAGAAGAAGAAAAACACUUUAUCUUUGCUUAAGUUUUCAUAACUAAAUCUGAAACUCCCAGGAAAACUGUUGAUUUCCAUAUGCCAACAUAUGACAAAAAAAGUGCAGAUCUGUAACCUGUCAGGCUGAGACGACGACAAUGACGACAACGAAUCCUGACAAAUGUUACAAUUUUACAGCCAUCAACAAAUACAAAAUGCCUUUUUUUAUAAUUUAUUUGAUACUGAAGGUUGUAAGAGUGUUGUGGUUGAAAGCAUUUUACAUGGAAAGUGUGCACUACUACCAUCCAUGUCUUACCAUUAUACAUCAGAGCAAAGGAUCAAGGGAAUGUUUCUUUAAUUUAAACUCUGUUCUGGCCAUACUAGAAGAAUAAAUCUUCAUAACACUGACAAAUACCAAUAGUUUAAAAGUUCUAAACCAGUUAACCACCAUCCUUUGAAUAUACACAUAAGUGUUACAAGUGUUUGAUACGUCAGUCUUUACUGUGCGACCCUCAAUCAUAGAUUGGCUCCCUAAAUUGGAACUCGGUAAUCAAAAACUCUGAUGACAGGAGCCACUAUGAUGCAUGUUUUUUAGGAGAAUUUUAGAUGGCUUCAUAGGCAUUAACACUUAAAGUCCCCAGAAUUACGGUAGCAGGUAUAAGCACUAUUUAAACAUAAAUGGUUUAAAACACACUAUAAUGUAGUUGUAUUUAGAUAUAAGAGUGUUUUGUUUUAACAAUAGCGCAGUGUAUUUGUAAUAAUCAAAAAUCAAAAUUAGAAAUCUUGAUAAAUACAAUCCAUUGAACAACACACUCCUUAUAUCUAGCAACUUAUCUAAUGUUUUUUAUGCUGCCUUAGAAAAGCUAAAGAAGGGGACUUCAAGUAUUUCCAGUGAAUUAACAAACUGUAACAGCUUGAUGCUGUUAAUGUGCAAUAUGAACAAAUGGAUGGAUGUGUGUUAUUCAUCAUAUCAAAAGGCUUUAUCCACAAGUUUUUAAAGUGUCUUUAACAUUAUAUUAUACUUAUUAUUUAUAGAGUGUAUUUAAAAAAAAGAAAAACAGUGUCCUCUCAUUAUAGAAAUCUCUAUCCUACAUGGCUGUGCUGAAUCACCCUAAGCAAUAUGUAUUUUUAAGUGUCACCCAGUACAAUUAAUGACUAGUGUAACUGUGCAUCAAUUGCAAUAAUGUAAAUUAUUAUGUGGUAAAAAAAAAUGUUGAUACUGUAUUCUAUAUGAACUUAUAAAUAGCCCUGGUUUU